AUGGAAACCCCCUCCGAAUACCAGAUUGCCUCGGUUGGCCAAGCUGGUGACUCAGCGGCACCCUGUUUGAUCGGGCCAGACUUGACAGGAGAGUGGAAUGAGAUGUGCUCUCUUGAGAACAUGGGCACAAGCCGAGGGCAGUUUAUCGUGGCCCGUCAACAGGAGAGGCUAUUGUUUAUGCUAAUUCAAAUCGAUGACGGACUCCACGUCUUUGGUUUAGUGCUGAAGAAAGUUUUUCAGUCGUCAACACCAGAUGAUCUCUUUCUCAAAAUGUACAGAUUCACUGAUCUCAACGAGGAGACGUUUUGGCUGGAAUCGCCACAAUAG